AUGAUGAACUCUUCACAGGUUUCAUAUUUCACACUUGCUGCCUAUUUUGACAUUGGGCUUUUAAAAUACUUAUUUUUCAUUAUAACUGUGUGUUUUUAUAUGUUAAUAGUUAGUGCCAAUGUUUUGCUCAUUGUGGUUAUCUGUAUGAACAGAAGCUUACAUGAACCUAUGUACCUUUUUCUGUGCAGCCUGUUUGUAAAUGAACUGUAUGGUAGUACAGGGUUGUUCCCAUUCCUUCUGGUUCAGAUCCUCUCUGACAUUCACACUGUUUCUGUUUUAUUUUGUUUAAUGCAGAUUUUCUGUUUGUACACUUAUGUAAAUGUUCAGUUUUAUAAUUUAGCUGUCAUGUCUUAUGACAGAUACCUUGCUAUCUGUUUUCCUCUGCAAUAUAACACGCGUAUGACGUCUAAAAAGGUUGCCAUUCUAAUUGCUGUAACAUGGUUAUUCCCUCUUCUUGCAAUUGUUGUAAUGAUUUCAUUGAAUGCCUCUUUAAAGCUGUGUGGAAAUAUCAUUUACAGACUGUACUGUGACAAUUACUCUGUGGUGAAACUGGCAUGCUAUGAUACAUCAGCCAACAACAUCUAUGGACUCAUUUACACUUUCACUGUAUUAACUGGUCUUACGAUACUAAACGUUUACAGUUACAUGAGAAUUCUUAAAGUUUGUUUUUCUGGUUCUAAACAGACCAGACAGAAAGCUGUCAGUACCUGCACACCUCACCUUGUUUCCCUGCUCAACUUCUCUUGUGGUUGUUUCUUGGAAGUAUUACAGAGCAGAUUUGAUAUGAGCAGUGUACCCAAUAUGUUGCGCAUUUUUUUAUCAUUAUACUUCCUCACUUGCCAACCGCUCUUCAACCCUGUACUGUAUGGAUUGAAACUGUCUAAAAUACAUAGAUUAUGUAAAAGUCUUGUCUUCGGUAAAAUGUGA